GGAGUGGUUCAUUCCUGGGCCCGGUUUCUCCUCCAAGGGGAAUCUCUGAUUUUUCUCUGAGAGAGAGGGAGAGGGAGGGAGGGGAGCAGAUUGAGCGCGAGGUUUCGGCAUCUGCAAAAUUUCUUCCCAAAGCAAAUCAGUUAGAUAGAGGUUUUUUAGGCGAGAAAGACAAAGACGAGGACGAAGAAGAGAUCUCAGAGAAAGAAAUGCGGACACUGCCGUUGGGAUUCUCACUGUCGCCAACGGCAGCAGCAGCAGCAACAACAACGCCAAUUAACGGUCGUCUCUCUCCCAAAUUCCAUUCAAACUCCACAAAUUCUAAGAAGCCGAAGCUGCCUCUUCCUUAUUCUCUUUCUCGUUCCUUCCCACAAGUUUCCCUUCCCUCUCAUCUGCCCCCUUCAGGGCUGCUCUGCAGAGCCAGUCAAGUGGUUGAAUUAUUCCCAACUGUGUCGCCUGAAAUAGUGGUUCGAGAGGCCAGGUUAGAGGACUCCUGGGAGGUGGCUGAGACUCAUUGCAGUUCCUUCUUCCCUGAAUAUUCGUUUCCUUUAGAUUUUCUGCUGAGGAUUGACAGGAUAUUCGCAAUGGUAUUGGGGUUCUCUGUACCUCAUGGUUGUCGAAGAACUUGUCUGGUUGCCGUUACUGGCAGCUCGGUUGAUGAUUCUUUCCUCUGUGGAACUGAAGAUUGUAAAAUUGGAGCUCUUGAUGGUAGAUUUAGUCUGAGUAAAGGGUAUGUAGCUGGAAUAUUAACUGUAGAUACUGUGGCUGAUUUUCUACCAAGGAAAGGACCACUGCGGCAGAGAAGGACAGGAAUUGCAUACCUAUCAAACGUGGCAGUUCGGGAGAGAUUUCGAAGGAAGGGGAUAGCUAAGAAGCUGAUCACAAAGGCAGAGUUUCAAGCCAGGAGCUGGGGCUGCCGGGCCAUUGCGCUGCAUUGUGACCUGAACAACCCUGGUGCCACAAAGUUGUACAUAGGCCGAGGUUUCAAAUUUAUCAAAGUGCCAGAAGGUGCAAAGUGGCCCCAACCGAAGACUUCCCCAGAUGUCCAGUUCAGCUUCAUGAUGAAGCUCCUAAACUGAAGCAUCUGAAGGGAUAAUAUAAAUGGAUCCAAAUAUUAUGGUGAAAUUUGAAUGUCUCAGUGUGCUUGCUAUUAUAUGAAUAGAUAAGCUGCGGGAUAUAGGAGCAAUGUAUUUAUGGUGCUGCAAUCUUCAAGCUGUGGAAUGACUUCCUCAGAUAUGCACUUGCAGGAUCACUGUCACUCUGGAAAAAGCCUGGAAAUGCAUUUACUCUCUCGAUCUCUCUCUCUCUUCCCCUUUUUCCUGUGGUUUGUAAAUCUUUUUUCUUUUUCUUUUUUCUUUUUUUUUAUGGCGUUCAGAACUGUAAAAGGAACACCCUCUAUGAAAUAACUUAUUACAAAUCCACGUAUUACGUAAAUAUACAAGAAUUGAUCCAA